AUGGGCAAGAAAGGUGGCGCAAACAGCAAGGUCGAAGCUGCGAACGCAAAAAAGGCUGCUGCAAAGGCUGAAAAGGAUCGUGCAAAGGCAGCUGAAGCUGAAGCCAAGGAAGCUGAAAAAUGGUCCAAGGGUGCCAAGGGUAAAGGUAAAAAGGAAGCCGAAGCUGAAAAGAAGGCUGCACAACAAGCCAAGAAGGCUGAACUCGCCAAGCUAAAGGCUCAAGAAGAGGAAGAGAUUGCCAAGCUCAAACCCAAAGGAGCAGCGAAAUCUGCCGCCAAGAAGUCAGCCAAGGUGGAAGCAGCAUCACAAGCUCGUCGCACUAUCCCAGAGUUCUCAGCAAGCAACAUCGAUGAUGCAUUGGAUCUUCUUUCAAUUGAUGACAGCAAAAAGGGACCUAUUUCUAGCAAGGAUGUCGAUCGUCACCCCGAACGUCGUUUCAAGGCUGCCCUUGCUGCUUAUGAAGAGAGAGAAAUGACUCGUUUCAAGCUUGAGAAUCCUGGUCUGAGACAAAGCCAACUUAAGCAAUUGAUCUACAAGGCAUUCCAAAAGUCUCCCGAGAAUCCUUUCAACCAAGCCAACGUUAUGGCAUACAACGCCACGCAAGAUGACGUACGCGAUCUUAAAGCUCAACGACAAAGCGAGAUCGAAAACCGCCUGCGUACAGCUUAA